UGUUAGCAAUCCGCUCGGCCGGUCAGGCGAAGGCUUUGGCUGUGACAGUAUAUGUCAGGAUUAUAGCGCCUCGAAUGUCUGUGUAGAGAUAAGUUGAAAAUAACUGUAAAAAUACAGACACCAAUAAAGGUUGCAUUCAUUAUCUGCUGUCGAGUAGAAAACCAACAUUUUCAGCCAGAAGGAUUUUUCCACUCAAACCAGAUAAAGUAAACAGAAGCCUGCUUUUGUGCUGUAGAUGCCACCAAGAUUGAAGACGCCGACUGCCUGAUACUUCUGUUUCUGGAGGACUAAAACUUUUCUAAAGUUGUGGAUUGACGCCGUUGACUUUUGCGAUCUUUGAACUGUUCAGCUCCACUGAAGACCUGAAUAAAGUUGUUAUAUCUCCUAUCAGCACAAUAGCUGUCAAAUGCGCCGGAAGUUGUUCGAUUUGUGACUUUAUAUGAAAAACAAAACGGAUAAAGCGAAACGACUGACUGUAUUCCAAUAAUAAGCUGCUAAGCCGGCAGCCGAAGGUUACGGCGGGACCCUGACUGGUUUCAAGUUUCUUCUUCUUCUAUCCGAGGGACUGUCGGCUUUGGCGCUGGACCGGGGAGGAGAAGUGGUGGCCAUUGGUCUAAAAAUACUCGGCAGGUGCCCAUUUAAAAACCGAGCCGUCACUGCCAAGAGGCUCGCCCCGGUGCCGUGUGUGCGCACUAGGCUCUGUGGCUGUGGCGCAGACGCUGGCUGGGAGGGCUGCUCCUGUUGCAUGGACUGAAAUGGCCUCGGACCUCAGUAUGAACGGAGAAAUGCCCAACAGCCCCCUUGCCAUAGAGUACGUCAAUGAUUUCGACUUAAUGAAGUUCGAGGUCAAGAAAGAACCCCCUGAAUCGGAACGCUAUUGCCACCGGUUGCCCCCUGGCUCUUUGUCUUCCACCCCUAUCAGCACCCCGUGCUCCUCCGUGCCUUCCUCGCCCAGCUUUUGCGCGCCUAGCCCCGGGGCACUCUCCAACCCUAACCCAAGCAGUGGCAGCAGCAGCAACAGCAACGUAAGCCAGAACCCGGCCAACAAGCCUCAGCUAGAGGACCUCUAUUGGAUACCCAACUACCAGCACCACAUCAACCCCGAGGCCCUGAACCUGACUCCUGAAGACGCGGUGGAGGCACUCAUCGGCAACGCACACCACCAUCACCACCAUCAUCAGGGCUACGACGGCUACAGGGGGCAGCAGUUCGGGGGUGAGGAACUCUCCGCCACAGCUGCCGGCCACCACCACCAGGUCCACCACCACCAUCAUCAUCACGCCCAUCACCUGCGCCUCGAGGAACGCUUCUCGGACGAUCAGCUGGUCAGCAUGACCGUACGGGAGCUCAACCGGCAGCUGCGGGGUUUUAGCAAAGAGGAGGUGAUUCGCCUGAAACAGAAGAGGCGCACCCUGAAGAACCGGGGCUAUGCACAGUCCUGCCGCUUCAAACGCGUCCAACAGAGACACAUGUUAGAGAGCGAGAAAUGUACCCUGCAGACCCAGGUGGAACAGCUCAAACAGGACGUGGCUCGGCUGGCCAAGGAACGGGACCUUUACAAAGAGAAGUACGAGAAACUGGCCAGUCGCAGCUUCAGCCGGGAGCCGCCACAGGGCCCCCAGCCCAAAGACUUCUUUAUGUGAGGGCACUUCUCCCUAUAUGCUCCUCCAACCCCGUUUCUCGAUUUUCUCGUCUUCGUUUUUGCAAUAACUUCUGAAGUUUAUGUAUCCCUAUAACGCUCAGUAACUCGAGAACUUUUCAAACAAUUGUAAAUACGUUUCUUGUUCCUUUGCUCAAGACGCCAGUCGUGCAUACUUCAGUUGGCCCCAAGUUUUGCACUCAAGUGGAAUUAAAUGCCCUCCCGGACCGCCAAAAAAAAAAAGCAGGAGGCAAAUCAUGCGAAACGUCCCUCGUCAGCCUGAAGUCUUAAAUUGUAUCUGGGACUUGCAGCAUGAAUAAAGAAUCGGACAUCCAAAUACAAUUCACGUGCACGAAUGUCUUAA